GUCUUUCACUUGUUGCAGUUAUAAUAAAAAAACAAAAUAUUAAAAAGAAGGGAAUUUAUUUAAACUGAAAAACUAUAAUUAAAGAAUAUAUAAAUAUACAUCAAAAGCAAGAAUUAUACGAAAAAGGUUUCUCGUUUAAUCAGCCAUUCAUUCUGUAUCAACGUUCGGUAUUGAAAGUGUGACUUCUGAAUUUAAUUUUUAGACAUCCUUUGUAAAUUUUGUUAUUAAAAGAAAAUGAGUGCCAUUAAAGUUGGAGAUUACGAACUCGGAAAACUUUUAAAUGAAGGAAAAACAAAGCAAAUCUUUGACCUUCCUGAUCAUCCUGGAUUAGUUUUGCUUAUGAAUAAGGAUAGAAUAUCGGCUCAUAAUGGAGUGAGAAUGGAUGAUAUGGAAGGGAAAGCCAUGAUAUCAAAUCAGACAAAUGCGAAAGUUUUUGAACUUCUCAAUUUGGCUGGUGUGAAAACAGCGUUUGUAAAACUGGCUUCGGAAAAAGCUUUUUUGGCACGUAAAUGUGAAAUGGUUCCUAUUGAAUGGGUGACACGACGAUUAGCUACUGGUUCAUUUCUCAAGAGAAAUCCUGGAAUUAAUGAAGGUUUCCGUUUUGCACCGCCGAAACAGGAAACAUUCUUUAAAGAUGACGCAAAUGAUGACCCGCAAUGGAGCGAAGAACAAAUAAUAUCAGCAAAAUUUAAUGUAAACAACUUGUUGAUUGGGUCUGAUGAGGUUGACAUCAUGCGUCAAACUACAAUCUUGGUGUUCGAAAUUCUUGAGAAAGCAUGGAACACUCGUAAUUGUGCUCUCGUCGACAUGAAAAUUGAGUUCGGCGUUGACGAAAAUGGAGAAAUCCUGGUUGCAGAUGUCAUUGACUCUGAUUCAUGGAGAUUGUGGCCAUCGGGAGACAAACGUUUGAUGGUUGAUAAGCAGGUUUACAGAAAUCUUUCACAAGUUACGAGCAGUGCUUUGGAAACUGUGAAACGAAAUUUUCAAUGGGUUAGUGAACAACUUGAUAACAUCGUUCCGAAGUCGGAUCAUCUUGUUGUGAUAAUCAUGGGUUCAGCAAGUGACAAAGAACAUUGUCAGAAGAUAGCGAAACAUUGCAACGAUUUGGGACUCAAUGUUGAGAUGCGCGUUUCUUCAGCUCACAAAGUUACUAAAGGAACACUCCAAAUAGUCUCUGAAUAUGAAGGGGUUGUUAACAAUUUGGUUUUCAUCACAGUCGCUGGCCGCUCUAAUGGAUUAGGUCCAGUAUUAUCGGGUAACACAUCAUUCCCCGUCAUCAACUGUCCACCGGUCAACAGCAACAACUUGAAUAUAGAUUUAUGGUCAUCUAUUAAUUUACCCUCGGGCUUGGGUUGCGCUACUGUUAUUUAUCCUGAAGCUGCUGCCUUAAAUGCUGCUCAAAUUUUGGGAAUAACAAACUUUAUGAUAUGGUCAAAAUUGAGAGUUAGAAUGAUAAAUAAUUUGAUUGGAUUUGAACUCAAAAGUAAAGUUGACUGCCCCUCUGAAAAUCAAAACAUUAGAAAAAUAUCUUUUAAAAAAAACAUGUCUUUAAAAACAAUAAGCUCACGUUUUUAUAAGCUUGAGAUGCCUAAAAGAUUUAAAGGUACAAUUGUAGAAAGAUGGGCAAAUUAUUGGAAAGGAUUAGCAAGAGAUUAUAAAGAAGUUGCUAUCGAUUCCGCCAAGACAAUUCGAGGAAAUAGAGUCAAGUCGACAGUUUAUGGAUUAUCUGGUGUUUUUUUAUAUUCAUGUUAUAAAACAAAUCCAGACUACAGAAGUUUCAAUGAACAGUUGAAAAAGUCAGAGCAGAUGGUUUCACUGGUGUCACCAGAUUGCCAAAAUUUAGUAGCAACAGAAUAUCUCAAGUUAUUGGAACGGAGUAGAAACAAUGAAAGUCUAAGAACGACAUCAUUAGGAUUUUUUUCAAUUAUGUGGAUCGACAAUAAUUCUUCAAAUCUGUCUACAUACGAAGCAAAAUGCGAUUAUCUUAAACCUGAUUAUCAACAUUUCCAUGAGAGAAUAAUUGAUAUAGGCUUUUGGAGGAAUUGGUGGAAUUUAACUAGAAAACUCAAAGAUUAUGAUGUUAAUUACUAACUGUUCAUUGCGCAAUGCUGUAAACUUGUUAGGGUUUAUUGAAUUAAAAAUUACUUAGAUAAUCUAUUCGGCAAC